AUGAGGCCCAAUGGCACUUCCGCACUGCUGAGUGCCUUCCAGGGGCUGAGAAUCUCCGCCUGCACCCCGUUGCGACAGCUGAGAGCCCCGGCUCAGCGCCCGUCCAAGGUCCUGGGCGCCGCUCAACUCCUCCAGAAUGGCAGAGCCUUUUCCACGAGCCCGGCCAUGAUGGGCACAUGGCUGGAGCCCAGUCUGAACCGGAAAAAGAAGAUGGCCAAGGGACGGCCGCGAGUAGCGACGGGAGGAUCGACCAAGGGCACAACGGUGAUCUGGGGCGACUACGGACUGCGAAUGAAGGACCACCACCGACGAAUCAGCGCCAAGUCGCUCAAGAUGGCCGAGGAUACGAUCAAAGUGCGACUUCGAGGAGAGAAAUACCGACUGUACAAGAGGAAGAACUGCAACGUUGGCGUCUACGUCAGCGGUAACGAGAUGCGAAUGGGUAAAGGAAAGGGUUCUUUUGACCACUGGGCUACGAGAAUGGCCGUCAGUCAGGUCCUGUUCGAGAUCAAGGGCCGAAUCCACGAGCAGAUUGUUCGAGACGCUUUCCGGUUGGCUGGCAACAAGCUGCCUGGUCAGUGGGAGUUUGUGAAGAAGGGGGACCCUCCCGUUGUUGGGAUCACGAAGCUGGACGGUGUCACGUUGGAGGACCUCAAGAGGCCAAGAAGGCAGCUGGCCCCUCAAGAGCUUGUUGAGGCAGCGUCAUCUACGACGGGGGCUGCAGCUGAAAGUGCAUCUGCGCCGUCCGGAUCUUCAUGA